UUGCUGAUCACCGAUUAAUUAAAGUCCAAAGACAAGAGGAGCUCUCACUCUCACUCACUCACUGAAAAACGAGCAAAAAAAGCCCCUCCAAAGACGAAAUGCUCUGUGCAACAACUCGCCCACUAUUCAACUCACCAGCCACCCACUUCACCACGCGCCACCCUCUCCUCCGCCGCUAUUCUCCCUCCUGCACCACUCGAAUCACAAUGUCCUCCACCCCUUCACCAUCAACCAUCGAACACAUUGUCCUCUUCAACGUAAAACCCACCGCAGACGCCACCCAACUCUCCGCCAUGGUCAACGGUCUAAACGGCCUUAACACCCUCCCAAUGGUCCUCUACCUCACCGCCGGAAAACUCCACCGCGACCGCUCAUCCUCUCUCUCCUUCACCCACAUGCUUCACAGCAGGUACCGCACAAAAGAAGAUCUAGCCAACUACUCCGCCCACCAGGAUCAUCUCUCCGUCGUCCGAAGCAGCGUUUUGCCUAUCUGCGACGAUUUAUUGGCCGUAGAUUGGGUGGCGGGGAAUCUCGAGGGUCCGAUUGGGGUUAAACCCGGUUCCGCCAUGAGGCUUCAGCUUGUCAAGCUUAAGGAAGGGUUAGAAGAGACAAAAAAGAGGGAAGUAUUUGAUGUGAUUAGUGGAUUGAAGGAGAAAACGAGCGGAAUUGAGCAAUUAACUUAUGGGGAGAACUUUUCGCCGGCGAGAGCGAAAGGGUUUGAGAUUUGUUCAAUUGGGGUUUUUGGUGGGAUUAAGGAAUUGGAUUCUUUGGAAUCGGAUUCUGAAAUUGCUAAAGAGAAAGACAAGGUUAGGGAUUCUAUUGAUUCUCUUGUCAUUGUUGAUUAUGUUGUUCCACCUUCGCCUUCAAAUCUUUGAUUCAUCAUUGUAGAUUUUUCUGUAAUGGGAUGAGUUGCAUUUUGAUCAUGUUUCCUUCAAAUGCACUGGAUAAAUAACAUUGUGAUCGUGUUGUUCUGCAUUCAAAUCAAUGUGCUAGUCUUUGAUUCAUGAUCAUACAAUUGCAUUUUGAUGAUGUAUCUUCAAUUUCAAAUGCACUGAAUAAAUAACAUUGUGAUCGUGUUGUUCCACAUUCAAAUCAA